GCCAUGACGCAUUAAAGGAACAUAGAAUCCCGACUGCCUCGCAACAAAGGCGAGUUAAUUAACGAUUAAUAAUGGCGUCAUUACCGCGGAGGAUUUCCUCGGCACAAGUUAUGUCAUGCCGUAUUCUAGGUGUGGCGCGCACAGACGGCAAUGUGGACUAAAUAUUUAUACAGCAGGGUGGAUUAGAAACGGCACCGCCCGCACCCCUGCGUUAAUGGGACAGGAACUGUUGUCCCUGAAUACCCUAAUAGCUGUCUGCCACUGCGCAUGUGCGCACGGACUGCUGACGUGUUGUGGCCGCAUAGAUUGAUCCGGAACUCCCGUGUUCACGCCAAUUCAUGUGGAUUGAAGACCACCGAAGAUGAGUGUGGAAGUGGAGAGGAAGUUUCUAUUCACAUCUGACACUCUGAAAACACUGGAGCAGGUUGGAGUGUGCAUUGGUCAAAGAGAAUUUCAUGACCAGUACUUUGACACGCCACAGUUUGACCUCACUUUGAGAGACAUGUGGUUGCGCAAGCGUGAAGGAUGCUGGGAGCUCAAGUGCGCAACAGCAGAUGUCGAUGACUGCAAACAGCCAGUCAAAGCUACCUCGCUGUGCACUCGCUACAAAGAAAUAACAAGUCUCCCUGAUAUUCAAACUAAGCUAAGGGAGGUGAUUGAAGAGGACAAUGACUUAACAACUCACCUUGAGAACAUUGAAACUGGACAUAAAAAUGUCCCAGCGGAAGAUGAAACUUGGUUGGGUGCACUGAAUCUCAUUUGCUUCUCUGAGUUUACAACUUUGCGGCGGUCAUUCACUGUUGCGGAAGAAGGGGUUCAGAUCGACCUUGACCAAGCUGACUUUGGGUACAACGUUGGUGAGAUAGAAGUCCUUUUAUCAGAAGGAGAAGAUGUUGCAGCUGCCGUGGGAAAGAUUGAAAAAACUGCACAGAUACUGGGUCUGAGUGGAGAUCAAAGGAUUGAAGGGAAAAUGAAUGUGUUUCUCAAAAGAUAUCAUCCAGAGCACUAUGAAAAACUCCUGAAUGCACACAUUUUAUGAUGAAAUGAUACAGUCCUUUACCCUCAUCUUUUUAUUGUUUUAUGUGG